AUGAGGAUUUGGCUGGUUUAUUACAAGUUCUCAAUGACAGAGGCUUUCAGAUCUACUCAGGGCCUUAAUCUAUGCCAAAGAAAAUACACCUUGGACAUAUUGAAAGAGUAUGGUUUUCUGGAGGCUAAACCUGCUUGCACUCCUAUCACUGCAGGGCAAAAACUCACAAGCACUGAAGGUACAAAACUUGAUAAUCCUGAAGUCUACAGAAGACUAAUAGGAAAGUUAUUGUAUCUCACUAAUACUAGGCCAGAUAUCACUUAUGCUGUCCAACAACUAAGUCAGUUUGUUGAUCAGCCUAGGGACAUUCAUCUUGUGGCAGCUCACAGAAUACUGAGGUAUCUAAAAUGGGCUCCUGGUAAAGGGUUGUUCUAUUCAGCCAAGUCUCACCUCAAGUUAUAUGGUUUUUCAGAUUCAGACUGGGCUACUUGUGCAGAAACAAGGAAAUCUAUCACUGGUUUUUGCAUUUACUUAGGGGAAUCAUUGAUAUCUUGGAAAACAAAGAAACAAGCUACUGUUUCUAGAUCUUCCUCAGAGGCAGAAUACAGAGCUUUGGCCUCUUCUGUGUGUGAAAUUCAAUGGCUCCUAUACUUGAUGGCAGAUUUGAAAGUGCAUCCUGCCAGUCCAAGUGUGUUGUUUUGUGAUAAUCAGUCUGCCAUAGCCAUUGGAGAAAAUCAUGUGUUUCAUGAACGUACUAAGCACAUUGAGAUUGAUUGCCAUGUGGUCAAGCAAAAGGUUAAUGAAGGUGUUGUAAAGCUACUUUCAAUUCCAUCAAAGGAACAAACUGCAGAUGGUUUUACCAAGGCAUUGCCUAAGCCAAGCUUUGAUGUUUUCCACUCUAAGCUGGGCCUUCAAGAUAUUCAUGCUCCAACUUACGGGGGGGGGUGUCAAAAUAACAACUCAUUAUCAGCUCUUCACCAGCUCAUCUGCUUAUCUGAUCAGCCUCUCAUAUACUUAGCUUAUAUGUUUAGCCUCAAGGGCUUUUUUGUAUUUUCCCCUGCUUCAUAA